AUUGUAGCUCUCUAGUGCUCCCUUCUGGUUUCAACUUGAAAUUGCUUGGUGGAUAAAGAUGGAACUUCAAAUGAUUAAAAUGGAAAUGAAGUGGAUUAGGUUUCUUUCUUCUAAGAAGGAGGAAAUCCCACAAGGAUUAUGAGCAUAGCAGUGUUCAUGGAAUGCUAACAUUUACUUCAGCUAGUCAUUUACUUUAAUUGGAGAAAAAGGCCAGAGAGGGGGGAGAAAUGUUUGAAAGCAAGUGAUUCCUGGUCUUCCUUAAUGCUCUGUAGAAAUACCAUAGAAGCAGUUUUUGUUUGACUGAAACAAAGGCUCUCUGAGUGUGUGUCUGAGUAAAUAUUUGAGGUUAGGGAUUAACUAGCAUUCUCAGAGUCUGAUGGCAGAAAAGUAGACAACUGUGAUUCAGCUGGUGAAAUCAGUGUGUGAUGUGUUGUGCAAUGUGGAGAAUCUUUACCCUCUCGGUGUUUUCAGCUGCCUUCAUAUUGCCUAGUGGACAUGAAGGCUCAGUAUUUUAUAGCAGCCAAGAAGCAAACCAAGUGCUGAAAAUCCAGAAGCGGGCAAAUAGUUUUUUGGAAGAAUUAAAGCAGGGCUCAUUGGAACGGGAAUGCCGAGAGGAAGUAUGUGAUUUUGAGGAAGCCAGUGAAAUAUUUGAAACCAAGGAAGCAACACUGGAGUUUUGGACAAAGUACUUUGAUGGAGAUAUGUGUGAAUCCAGUCCAUGUGUCGAUGGAUCCUGUCAAGACGGCAUUGGACGAUUUGACUGCAUUUGUAACAAAGGCUGGGAGGGGCGCCAGUGCCAAUAUGUGGUUGACUACACCAACUGUUCAAUUUCCAAUGGUGGCUGUGAACAUUUCUGUAAUGAGGGCCAACAAGACAAUGACCAGUACCGCUACUGCAGUUGUGCUUCAGGCUAUCGGCUGGCUGAUAAUUAUACUUCUUGUGAACCUGUUGUGGAGUUUGCCUGUGGAAAAGUCCAUAAUUUCAACUAUAAGACUGCUAAAGUAAUUGGGGGAACACCUGGAAGAAAAGGACAGAGUCCCUGGCAGGUUAUGCUGAGCAAUAGUGCAGGCAGAUUUUUGUGUGGUGGUGUUCUCAUUCACCCCACCUGGGUGCUGACAGCUGCACAUUGUUUGAAGAGCCUGCGAACAGUCAAACUGACAUUUGGUAAAUAUUAUCGCCGGCGAACAGAAGAAAGUGAGCAAACUAUUUUUGCAGACAAGUUAUUGCCUCAUGAAAACUACUCUGAACUUACCUCUGAAAAUGACAUUGCACUGCUGCACCUACAACGCCCAGUUCUUGUCAACAAGUUCACAAUUCCUAUUUGCCUGCCUUCCAAGAAGCUGGCAGAGCACUUGGAGAGAGAAGCGACACAGGCUGUGGUGACAGGCUGGGGGAGCCAGAGUGAGGACUCGAAGGUGAAUUACUCCUCUGUUCUCAACUAUAUUGAAAUCCCUGUGGCACCACGGAAUGACUGUGUCAAUUCUAUGUUGAAUUCUGUCUCGGAAAACAUGCUCUGUGCCGGGAUACUGGGAGAUAACCGGGAUUCCUGUCAUGGAGACAGUGGUGGCCCUAUGGUCACCAAAUUCAAGAACACCUGGUUCUUAAUUGGACUUGUGAGCUGGGGAGAAGGCUGUGGAGCAAUUGAUAACUUUGGAAUCUACACCAAAGUCAGUGCAUAUCUUGACUGGAUCUAUCAGCAAAUGAAAGACAGCAUAAUCUCACCAAACACUGUCACAAAAGAAGGAUGAGGGAGUACUUUGGCAGUACACUCGGUAUGCCCAUUGUCUUCUGCUAAUAAAUACAGAGUAUACAAAGUGA